UUACUGCAGAGAACGCGCAGAGUGUGUCCUUGAGCCGCGGAUCAUAUCUUUACCCGACCCAGGGGAUAUAAAAAAUGGCUGCCAAAGAAAAGGGCACUCGCAGGGGACUACAGAGCCAGCUGAACUUAAUCAAGAUUGCCUUGAUUGUCAUCGUUUGUUUUGGCGUCUAUCUAUUUGUUAUGGUGCAUCAGGUAGAAAAUCCAUUUAACAACGGAGAUCUGUCCACACCAAUAAUCCAUGAACCAGAAUCGCGAUGGGAUGACACCUACGACCAACCUGAAGAUGUAGGUAAGAGAUCAGAGGAAGUUCUUGACUUCGUAAAAAAUGACGAUGCUUUCAAAGAUCUAAUUGACGUAGAGGUUGACGAUGCUCCACAAAAUGCAUCUUCAACUGAUGUUCCAGGCUCCAAGUUCAGUAAGGGACCAAAAUCAAACGAUUUUAACACAGUCACUUACUUGAAACAGCAAGAAAACAUGGAUUCUCCGCGGAAUGUAUCUUCAAUUCAGGAAAGAAAUAUGACCACAAUUGAUUCAGGAAAAUUCUCAAGAAAUAAACAUAGGAGUCCAGUCGAGUCCAAAUCAGAUCUCGAACAAUACUCGGAAACAACGAAAUCUUCUCGAAGAUUUGACGACCGCUCCCCAAACCUGGGAAUAGAACGCCUUCGGUAUCGCCUAUUACACUCUCAAAUCGGACUAAGAAGGAAACUGGAGCGACAAUUCAAGUCUGUAAAAUCAUCAAAACACUACACGAUGGAUAAGAACACAAAGGAAGAAAUAUUUAAUAUGUCUGCUUCUCAGUCAAACCAUCAGCAAGAAAAAACAUACAAAGUUGAAACUUCAAGUCAAACUGAAAAACUCGCAACUAGAAAUGAUCUCAGUACUAAUGUAUCAGAAAAAUUGAGCCGUGGAACUCCUUCUAUUCUUCACAGACAUAAUAAGAGCGAAAAGGGGAAUAUCACCAAAGUUACUUCUUUGGACAUGCAACAAACGUUAGUAAAAAGUUCCAGUUCCACAUCACUGUUUUCAAGUAAAAUCCCAGUUUCAAAUCAUCAAGAUAAAUCAACGCUUAGAAUUGUGCAAAAUUCUAGUCGACUUCAGAAUACAACUUCGAAUCGACAAAGUUCCCAUCAUAGACAGAAUUCAAGUAAAGUGGCAACAAAUCGUCACAGUCAUAAAUCGCGACUAAAAGAUGGGGAGACGAAAUGGACUUCCGACCAGCUUCCGAAAACGGUUUCGGUGAAAAAGCGAAGGAGUCUCCUUAUCUUCGGUGACGAUCGCUCUGGGACAACAUUCGUGACUAAGAUGUUUGCCACUGAUCGUCAAAUGUUUACAGUGUAUGAACCUUUGUGGGUUACAAAGAAAUGGUUUUCAGGAUCUAUUACAGGAAGUAGAAUGCAUGUUAAUGUUACGUUGGAUGUGAUCAAUGCUUUGCUAUCUUGUCAUUUCACUUUUUCGAGAGCGGGAAAAGAAUUUUUGUUUCAUACAUCAUCGUCUUGGGUGGGCACAGGGGUUUUUGAGAAAAACAUCUUCAGAACUUCUCCAUUUAAACGCAAGACAAAAACUGGAAAGUUGUUCUGGCCUAAUCUUUACCGUUAUCCGGAAUUUGCGGAAAACGUUUGCCUCAAAAAAUUUAAUUACAGCGUGGUAAAGGUUGGACAAGUUCGCGUUCCGCGCGAGAGUAUUUCGACGAUUAUCCCGCGUGUGUUCCACGCGAAUCCUGACACUGACAUACGUGUCAUUCAAAUCGUGCGCGAUCCGAGAGGAAGCCUUAAUUCAAGAAUAAAGAACGGGUGGAUCUCAGAUUUCACUUACGUCGGAUUUCAUUUCCUAGUGCGAAAGAUGUGCCAUAAAAUCGAAGCAAAUAUUCAGUUCGGCAGAGAAUCAAAAUCUGAAUGGAAGGACAGGUACAUGGAAGUAACCUACCGAGAAAUUACCACAAUGCCUGUUACCACAGCUAAGAAAAUGUAUACAUUUGCUGGCUUUGAUAUGCCAGACAGCUUGAUUGAUUGGAUUAUCAAGAGUACGAAUCCUGACCAAGAGGAAUUAAAGGAGGCAUUGCAUAACCCUUAUUCUCAUGUUAGGGAUUCGAGUAAAAAUGAUUUGAAAUGGCGCAAGGAAUCACCCAUCAAGCGAGUGCGAAUAAUCGAGGAAGAGUGUGAGGGUCUGUUGAAUUUACUCAGCCUUGAUCCCAUCGCUGACGAAAUGGAAACAUUGGGUUCUUAAAAAUCAAAGCUAUUUCGGUGCUAAGUCAAAGCCUGAGUGAGAAAAAAUUUUGGAAAAUACGAGACCUGAAAGUCAAGAAGUCAUUAUAUAUUUUAGAUUUUAGAGUAUUUUUUACUAUACGAAAUUCUCAAUUUAAGAUCAAACUUGAAAUGUGUAAAACAAUUCGCUGUCCUUUGCGAGUAAAUUGUUUAGUUAGAUAUAUCAAAAUUAUUGUGGACUCGAUGGUUGUCCUUUUUUUUUUGUAGCCUAUCUAUCUGGGGAAGUGGUCUCGGGCUCUGAGAUUCGCCAUUUCUCCAGUUUCUGCGCACUCACAUUAGUGCAAUGUUUCAUUGAUGGAUCUAUUUGAUAACCAAGCAACUAAUAUAAGGUUAACGUGAUCAUUGAAAGCGGAGCCCUUGAACAAAAGCAACUAAUUAUUAC